ACCGUCACCAGCGAGUGAUGUAAUAACCGGACCUUUCCCCAAUAGGCAUCCCCCAAUCUUCUCUCCUCCGCGAUUCUGCUUUGUUUUCCCCUUUUUUCCUCUUAUCCCCCCCCCCCCCCCCAACCCCCCCAAAAAAACCCAACCACCUCCUGCUGCUCCACAUGUACCCUUCUUCCUCAUCGUCCUCCUCCCAGUCCCAAAGCGGCUUAACCCGCUACGGUUCCGCCCCGGGAUCACUCCUCACCAACGCCGUCGAUGCCGUUAUCAGAGGAGCUGACCGCGAAUUCUCCACUUCUGCCGUCGGAUCACGCCCUCCGGUCACCCAUUUCUUCUCUGGCGAAUCCUCCGAGCCCUCCUGCAAGGUCAACUCAUCCUCCGAUCCAAAAGACAAACCUCCCAGCAUCGGAUUGCAGAGAUCGUAUGGUCUCCAUGACGGAGCCGCCGUCGGCUUCGGUAUCUCCUCUUCGGCUUUGCUUCGUCAGAGAAGCUCGCCAGCUGGCUUCCUCAGCAAUCUCACUGCUACUCCUCCUGAUAAUGGAGGUUUCUCAAUCUCAAGGGGCAGUGGAAGCUAUAGCGCACAAGGCGGCUCUAAUAGUGGCCAUGGAAUAGCAAGGCUAAAAUCUCAAUUGAGCUUCACAGGGCAAGAAUCCCUUUCUCAGAUAGCGGAGAUGAGCGAACACGUUGAUGGCAUCAAUUCUGACGAUGGCCACCAUAGAGCUACACAUUCUUAUGCCACAACCAGCUUUGGAAUUGACACGUGGGAUGGUUCAAACUCCAUUGUGUUUUCUGCUCCCCCUAGUAAACGGGCUAAGAAUAUAGAUGGAGACAUUCUGAACUGUCUUAAUGCCUUGGAAUCUCAGUUUAGUCUGCCACAAACAACUCUGGAAAUGGCAACAGUGGAAAAGCUACUUCAUAUUCCUGAAGAUUCUGUCCCCUGUAAAAUUCGUGCUAAGCGAGGCUGUGCUACUCAUCCAAGAAGCAUUGCAGAACGGGAGAGAAGAACUAGAAUUAGUGGGAAGCUGAAGAAGUUGCAAGAGCUGGUGCCUAAUAUGGACAAGCAAACAAGCUAUGCGGACAUGCUGGAUUUGGCUGUUCAACAUAUCAAAGGUCUACAAACUCAAGUACAGGAGCUCCACCAAGAACUCGAGAAUUGCACCUGUGGAUGUAAACAAAGCUCAUAGUGUUCGUUUUGACAAGAGGCUGUGGCGGAAGAAAGUGGAUAGAGUUCAUGGAUUCUGAUGCCAAAGGAUCAACUGAUUUUGGACUUACCAACUUUAAUUUUAAUACUAAUAAUAAUGCAGUAGUAGCUAUCACAGAAAUUCUGUGCGUAGAACUGUACAUAAUGUAUGUCGUUAUCUUCUCGUUUAGAAAACGCAUCAUCAUCUUCAAGAAUUGGGUAUCGACAUCUUAUUGGAGAUAAUUUUCCCCUCUUCUUCAAGGUUUUUGUUAUGGCCCUUUUUCAAGUAUUUUGGCAUUACUCUUAGAGCUCUGGGUCUGGGAUGGGCGAAUGUUUGGUGUACAAAUGCUUUAUUUUGGAAUGCUUGUCGCAAAAGUAGAGCGUAAA